UUCCAAACCAGCCGGCCGGUUUAUCCCCACCCUCUCGCAGAAGUUGACUCGUCUCUAUGGUUCUUGUUUAGCGAGUGCGUCACGGAAGCAGCAUGGCGGCGACGCGGGAGCAGAGCGCAGGCGGGAGUACACAGGGAGGGAAGAAGUACCAAGGGAAGGGGCGGGCUGCCAAAGCCUUGAAGUCCUUACAGUUUGCGAAUCCUGGAAAACAAACAGAGUUUGCACCAGAGACAAGCAAAAGAGAAACGAGACGCCUGCAAACAAAAAGUGCUACCUCUAAUUCAGGGCAGACAGCUGCUUCCAAGAAUAAAGUGUACGACAGCAAUGGGAUUCUUAUUUGCAACGGGAAGGAUCUGUGCGACUGCCUGGAUGAAGAUUGUAUGGGCUGCUUCUAUUGCUGCAAAAAAUGUGGCUCCAACAAGUGCGGCGUCGAAUGUAGAUGUGACCGAAAGUGGCUUUACGAACAGAUUGAAAUAGAAGGAGGCGAAACAAUCCGCAAUAAACACGUCAGUUGAGUUUGUCGGGCCGCUUGCUCUGUUUACAAGUCCAAGGCUCAUCGUCACCUGAAAUCUCUCAAUUUUUAUUCCUUACACUGAGGCUUGGGGCAGUGACUAAGACUCACAUCUAUACGAGGCUGUUACUGAACUUGUACCCGAUAUUAAUAACCUACAUUUGCUGGCAGAUGAUCAUGAAACCGAUUCGCUUCAUUAUAUAUUAUGUUCUAUUCUAAUGUCAGAGUUUUAUACUACAGGAGCCAUGGACUGCAGAAGGCCUAACACUACGGGGCAGAUU